CCAAUGUCAAAAUAGCAUUCGUGCCAGAUUUGCAUUAAUAGCUUCUAAUACAGUGCUUAAAAGUUACAAGCUUUGUUGACGGCCAAAUCAGUCCUUGCCGAGGUAAUGGAGAGUGCGGUAGUUUUAUUUGGAGACCUAGUAUCGUACUACGGGUAGUACAAUAUGUGGAACAAGGCCGUAAUAUUUUUGGCGUGCGUGCUAAUUUACUUCUACAAACGAUCUGCCCGGGGUGAAGGAACGUCGAUACUUUUCUAUUACAAGUUUUUCUUAUACUAUUUUGCUACGUUUAUUGUCACCGCAUUAUGCUGGCCACUGUUCCUGCUGAAGCCCAGAAAUGUUCAGAAUGUGAUGAUAACUGUUCCGAUCGCAAAAUUUGUUUCGAGGGCUAUUAACCUACGCUGGAUAGUUCGGGGAGGAGGGGUUUUGUCGGAGGACCGCGGGGCAGUCGUGGUCAGCAACCACCAGUCUUCUCUAGACAUAUUGGGACAACUCAACAUCUGGGACUUGGCUGGUAAAAUGACUUGCAUCGCAAAAAAGGAACUGUUUUACUUAUGGCCUUUUGGAUUAAGCGCUUACCUCACUGGGAUUGUGUUCAUAGAUAGACGGAAAACAAAGGAAGCCUACAAGACAAUGUUCGCAGCUUCUGAAGUUAUGACGAAGGACAAGACCAAAAUAUGGAUAUUCCCUGAAGGCACUCGAAACAAUAACCCGGAGUUUUUGCCGUUCAAGAAAGGUGCAUUUAACUUGGCUGUUGCGUCACAAGUGCCGGUUAUUCCUGUAGUUUUCUCUCCAUACCAUUUUCUUGAUAUUGAAAAAAAGACAUUUAAAGAAGGUCACGUAAUAAUUCAGUGCUUAAAAGAAGUAUCCACGAAAGGAUUGACUCAGGAAGACGUACCAGCCCUCAUAGAAAAUGUACGAAAUCAAAUGAGCAUCGUCUAUAAACAGGUUGCGAAGGAAGUUAUGAACGAUCCGCCUACCAAAUUCAACUUACUGAAAAACUGCUCUACUAAGGCUCGUACCCCAAAAGACUGAAAUAUUCAUAAUUUUAUCCUUAUCUACUAGUAAAGUACACUACUUAAGUACUAACUUGAAUAUAAUUUAAAAUAUAAUAAAUAAGUAGCUAAUUAAUAAAAUUGUCCUUUUCUUACAUCGUGAGUACCUACCUUAAGUAGUCACAACCGAGUCUUUAUAUCAACAUUUUUUAUUUAUAAGGAGACAAAUCAUUCAAGUUAGAAUUUGCUGCAGUUUUCAUGAUGAGCAUUAAAUAACUAAGUAUUUAUUUCCUAUUUGCAAUGUAAGCGCAGCAGUGAUUUGGUCAUGUUAACUUGUUUUUGACUUCUUACCAGUAGCGGCGUAAGGGGGGGGCGGUGGGGGCGGUCCGCCCCGGGUGCCAAGCAUUAGGGGGUGACACAAGUCGC